CUCCGUAUUUCUUUUAAGUCCUGUAAAUGGAAGCAGUAUUUCUAGAGAACAGUAAGUAAGUAUGUAAAGUAGGUGAAGCACCCUUUUAUAUUUGAAUUAAAACCGGACGAAAAAGAAUACCAAAAUAUUAAAAUCUGAUGCAAAUUGUGUUAUAAUAUGAUUUUCUAUUAUCUACUUUUACCACUGUGGAGCAAUGAACUUUUAGUGAAGUGUAUGAGGUAGAGGUAUACAUAAUAGCUAUUUAUCGACCUCUUUUAUACUUAUAUACCUAGUGUCAUGAUGACUUACAAUUCUGGAUGACAAACGUAAAAUCUUUUAUUAGUAAACAGCAAUGUGUCAGUGAAUCAAUAAAUUUUCAUGGAAGUAAUUAUAAUUAUGAAAACACUUCAUAAUUAUAAAAACACAUGAUUCUUCGAUGGUCCUAUGUAUAAAAAGGACCAGCAAUUAUUCCAGUGAAUAAAACAAGCGCGUGUUGUUUUGGUCCAAAAUUUUCUAAAAAUUCAUAAUGCCUUUUAGAAUACCAAAAUUACGAAGUGUGCGAGUUCGAGUGAUAAUAGUUAUGUUGUUCCUCAUCAUAUAUGUUUUGACUACGUAUAUUAUCGUCGAAAAGUAUUACUUAAACAAACCCAAAAGCAACACAAGUGCACCAAAAGUGGAGUUUGAAUAUGUCAUUGUGCAUUUGGAUUUGAAGGGGGCUCCUCCAAAAUUGUCGUAUCUGGAGGCCCUCCUACCGCUGUUGAAGAGACAUGGAGUCAAUGGACUCCUUAUUGAGUACGAAGACAUGUUUCCCUACGAGGAACCAUUGAUGAUAUUGAGGGGUCGGAAUAGUUAUAAGAAGGAACAGUUGCAUGCAUACCUCACCGCUGCAGUAUCAUCUGGUUUCGAAAUAAUCCCCCUGGUCCAAACAUUUGGCCACUUAGAAUUCGCCCUAAAGCAUCCUAGAUUCGGCUUUUUUAGAGAAGAUCCUUAUUUCCCUGACUCCAUCUGUCCUAGUUCUUUGAAAAGCCAGCAUUUUCUUGAAGAAAUGAUAGGACAGAUCAUAACUUUUCACCGUAAGAUAGCGCCUUUGAAAUACAUCCACGUAGGCUGCGAUGAAGUUUUCCAUAUCAACAAAUGUGAUCUAUGUCAGCGGAGGAACCUCACUAAUGCAGAACUGUUAACACAGCACAUCAAGUUCCUCAUCGAGACCGUCCAUAUCCUUAGUCCAGAUACCACCAUUCUCAUCUGGGACGACUUGUACAGAAAAGUCAAGCCUAUAGAUUGCAGCAGCAUAAUCUUAACUGACACCGAAGUUGUACACUGGGACUAUACUGCAAAACCCCAUGAUGAUGUGCAUAUCAAUUUGUACAAGUAUGGCCGGAUGUUUGAUAAUCUGUGGAUAGCGACGGCUUUUAAAGGAGCUGAUGGAAGAAAAAGGAUACUCCCUGAUCUUAAUAUGAGAUUCUACAACCAUUUCUACUGGCUCAACUUCAUUUUUGAUUAUGGCACUCUGAAGAAUUUAUAUAAAAUUAAAGGUAUCAUACUCACAGGCUGGUCAAGAUAUGAACAUACGGCGCCAUUAUGUGAAAUACUUCCAGCUUCAAUACCGAGUUUAAUUAUUAAUUUGAUCCUUAUUCAAAAGUACACAAGUGGAAUUGUUGUUGAAAACAUAAAAGAGUUGGAUAAUUUCAUUGAUGAACACAUAGAAAAUAGUUUAGACUCUAGCCUUCUAUGUCAGAAUCGCAGCAGUCGUUUUUUGGAUAUAUUUGAUUCAAAAACGUGUCAUUAUGCGGAAUCUGAUCUCUAUAUGCUACUUCAACGUCUUAGUAAUAGCACAUCAGUCGCAUAUUCAAUAAUAGAUGAUAAUGCUUUCAAAUACUUUGUUUUAAAAAGAAAUGCCUCCAAUAAUGAGGAAUCGAGGAUAGAAUAUGACUACGUUGAUGGAUUUCAAACUCAAAUUGAAACGUGCAUAAGAAUCUUUCAUGAACUAACGUUUCUUGAAGAAGAAAUUAUUGGACUACUAUCAGCUUACUUUGAGAAUGAUGUCAUAAUAGAAUAUGUUCGGACAAAAAUCCGUAGUUUGCAGCAAAACAUUCAAGGAAUUUUCCGAUUUUGGAACUACAGGAAUUCAACGUCCCUGAAUAAAUUACAUAAAUAAUA